AUGAGUGUGAUUUUCUUAAUUUUAUUUUGGAACUUACAAGCCAAAGCCUUUGCCAAUAAAGAUCCAGAUUAUGUAAAAGUACGAAGAGACAUCGGUAAAAUCCAGACAUCGCGAGCCCUACAGUUGUUAGAGGAAGCCGGUGUGGAAAUACCUGAAGAGGGGUGUGGCAGGGGGCAAGAUGCAAUUUUAUCAGGGUUAAAGGUUGAUGGAUUUUGCGAAAAUCAAGUUUUCGAGUUUCAAGGAUACUAUUAUCACGGAUGGCCCAGAUGUUUUAAGCACCAGCGCGACGAGCCUCUAUCAGAUGAUCCUACAGAAUCAAUGAAUUUUCGAUACGAAUCCACAGUGGCGAAAAUCGAGAGACUCAGAGCAGCAGGGUAUGAUGUCAUCGAAAAAUGGGAGUGUGAUUUCCGACGGGAAAUGCGCGAGAACACCGAAAUAGGAAAAUAUGUCGAAAAUCAUCCGUUAUUAUCCCAUUCGCCUCUAAACCCGCGAGAUGCUUUUUACGGGGGUCGUACAAGGAAAUUGCAGGACAUAUUACAAGACCAAAGGGGUUGA